AUGUCGACCGUUCGAUAUUUUGACUCCAUUCCUCACGUUGUCCGAUAUGGCAUGCGGGAUGAAAAGAAAGGCUUAUCCUGGACCCUCUUCUAUCGCAAUGCUGUGUGUUUCCGCGUCUCGGUUGCGCGAGGCGACGUGGAAGGGACACCAUUUGCGACCCAAUGGCUUGGGCUUAACAAGGAGGGCAACCCUAUCGGAGAAGGCGUGAAGAGCAUGCUUCAGCGAUGGAACGACUUGUGCGACUGUAUCAUCCGCCAAUGCUUGCCUGUGCUACAGGAACUGGCUCCUUCCACCCGACAAUGGAAGACACUUGAGGACCAUCUGCGCACACCGACAUAUGAGUUGAAGCUUGUUGUGGACCAAGAUUUGAAUGAUGCAGUGGCGAAGGUCACCAGUGGUCCCGUCGAGAAGCCUUCCUACGAGCACCACCUGGUGAACUUCUCAGUGUUCCAGUCGUUGCCGCAGGAUCUCCCGCGUUACUGUGCACAAGACUUGACUGUGCUUGGACAAGGGAAGAAUUGGCGCCACCCACCGGACAAAGUCCAUACAUCAAAUGGUGAGGUGCUAUACUUCAUGUCCUGCAACAAACGUUCCAAGGAUGAGAUGACGGGCAAGAUUUCGAAUACCUCGCUCGACAUAAUCGACGCCUAUUCUCGGCUGCAUACAGGCUCAGAAGACCUCGCAGGUAUCUACAUUCCAAAGCUGCUGGGAGUUGUGGUCAGUGGUGCAGACGGCGAGGUCGAGGACUGGGAUGCGGAAGGCAAUCCUUCACCUGACAUGGGUCAAUCUGUUUCUAAGGAGGCGGGGGAACCACUUGUGGCCGGCGUGCUCCUGACCUAUGUGACGAAAGCCAAGUCCUUGAAAGACGUGAUGAAAGUGCCCGCCGACCCAGCUGAUACCGAAGGCCUCGCGACAACCAAGGAGAAGUGGAAGGCGCAAUUGAAAUCGGCGGUACAAUACCUCCACGACCACGGCAUUGCGAUUGGAGGUCGCACCGACCCGGAUGGUCCUUGGUUCUACAUCAACGAAUACACUGUCCACAUUGCCCCUGUGAAGACCGACGAAGGCUCUGCGGAGAUAGACGUGGCGUCGCUCAAGGACGCACAUGCUUGGCUCAUGAUACAGCCACAUUGCACCCUUCUUUCUGCUGAGGACCGGCCACAGGAGCAGGAGAAAUUCGAGGAGCAGAAGGCUAUGGAUUGGGAAACCGUAGGAAAAUUGUUCCAGGACCUGUGA